AAAGCUGAAUAACGAACUGAUUAAAACUAGGUUAAUUUUAUUCUCGUUGAGAAGUAAGCCCGGCUACUAGAAGCUUCAGAAUCUUUACGCUUACAGUGGAAAGAGGCGGCACUACACAAAAGGCAGCCCAUGCUGCAGCAGCAGCAGCAGCAGCAGCAAGAGGGUUAAUAUUUCCUGUUUGCUUUUUAGACCCCCUCCUCCCUUUCCCUCUAACCACCCCCUCAGCGCUCAGGCGGAAGUGAGUUCGCUUCUUUGGAGAUUAAAAGGAUUCUGAACUCUGGAUCAGUUUCAAUAAUGGGCAUCCUGAAAGAGGCGUCCUGGGAAUGUGAGCGUAUCGGCGGCCUGGAAACAUCAUGCUCACGUAAAUCGACAGAGUGGUGAUAGUGGAGACAAUUUAAAAAAACAUCUCAGCGCAACACAGGAGGGAGAAACCACCCAUUUUCUUGAGCGGAGGCUCUGUUAGAACCAAACGCAGUUCUUUCAUUAUGGGGACCACCAGGGUGGUGCGUAAUGGCUGUUAAUUGAAACGCACCCUCUAUUUCGUGAGUUUUGGGAUUUCUGCUGAUAGUAACGACAAGGGUUUUGUGGGUUUUUAAAACAUUUUUCCCGUAGAAGACCACGCGAAGAGACGAAAUGACAAAGGAAACGUGAUCCCGGUCAUUGCCGAGGCUCAGGCGGGCGGAAAAAAAAAUCGGACAGGAGGCGAAGGGGUCGGAGCAUGGGCCGCUCGGAUACCAUUGCAGCGUAGUUCCAAUUUGUGCAAGCGAAGAUAAUACGUCUUCCAUGAAUAAUUCAGGGCGGGCGGCCGGGACCUGCCAGUGCUCUUUUUCCCGGCGGCUACUUUCACCGGUGUAAGCGCCUGUGCGCCCAAGAGAGAGGACGGAACAAGACCGCGUGGACGCUGGUGGCGGCUGUUUUUGGCGAUCUUGGAAAAGGAAGGACCUGAUCGAUGCGAUCACUCGAUCUCCCCGGAGGAUCCGGUUGGAGACCUGCGGAAGGCGUGGAGGAAGCGAAGACGGCAACCUCCGUAGCGUAAGAUCACGCUCUCCAUUCAUUCAUUUAUUCAUUCAUUCGCAACACACACGGAACCCACCCACUCCUUUCUCUUUUUGGAAGGCCGCUUGCCCAUAAGCUGCUGCGCCGGUGGAAUCGCCAUCUCUUUCCUUCCCGCUUCUCAGACAUGUGGUGGUGGAGCUGGCGUGGGCGGAUCGGUGCUGGAGGAGCCUGCCUGGGCAAUUUAGUUCUUUACUGGAUCCUCUAGGAGUCCCCAAGAAGGAAGAAGUGAAUUACACGAUCCCUUUCCCCCCUUCUUCGCCACUAGUCUACCUACUCCCAUCAGCCUUUCCUGAUACUAACUGAAAGAGGAUCUGGAUUCAAGGAUUUCGUCUCUCCCCUUUCAUCCCCCCCUUUUAAUUUUUUUUUUUGCUGGUAAAAGAAAUCGAAGAAGAGUCGGUUGACCAGAUCCAGUCCACGCUGGAUUUGAAACAGCAGGAGCCCCAUGUACUUUUUAGAUCCAGAAAACCCCAAUCAUCAACCCCGCCGUACAAGAAGCGCUGAGCCGGGAGGGGGAGGGAAAGAGAAAAAAGAAGGCUCUGUGCCCGGAGCAGCUUAAGGAAGGCGGCGGACGGCGAAACGAGGAGGGAGGAAGGAAAGGAAGAGAGAACGCGAGGCAAGUCAACCGGCUCAAACCGCUCCCGGCUCGCCAAGCCCCCAAAGAAGAGGAGGCUCGGAGCAGCGCCCUCACACAGCGCCUAAUUGAUGCCACCCACUAGGGCUUGCAAAGCGGGUCGCCGCCGCCGCCUCUGUUCCCCUCGGUUCAUGCUGUCUCCUUGCUAGCAAAGGGCGCGCUGUGUUGUCCCCUCCCUUUCUCUCCUCCUCCCCCCCUUCCCCAAUGGCUUCGUUCCCCGAGUCGGAUUUCCAAAUCUGUCCGCUGUGCAAGGAGAUGUGCGGCUCGCCGGCUCCGGUCUCGUCCAAUUCGUCCACCUCGUCGUCAUCCUCGCAAACUUCCAGCUCGUCUGGGGGUGGCGGUGGGGGUGGCGGCGGGUCUUCGUCGUCAUCUUCGUCGUGCACCCCGUCGAGGCGCCUGCACGUCCUACCCUGUUUGCACGCCUUCUGCCGCCAGUGCCUGGAGGCGCAGCGCCACCCAACUGCCGGGGACUCUCUCAAGCUGCGCUGCCCCAUCUGCGACCAGAAGGUGGUGAUCUCGGAGCCGUCGGGCAUGGACGCGCUGCCCUCUUCCAACUUCCUCCUCAGCAACCUCCUCGACGUGGUCGUCGUGGCUGCCUCCGCCGAGGACCAAAAGAACAACGGUCGGCCAAGUGGCACGGGAGGAGGAGGAGGCCCUGGAGGCGGCGGGAGCAACAGCAGCACCAACAACCGGCACCACCAUCCCCGUCAGCAACAAGCACAACAGCAACACCGCGCCUCCACCAGCGGCUCGUCGCCGGGCUCUGCAGCCGGCUCGGCAUCGUCCGGCGGAGGCGGAGGCUCGUCUCUCCUGCUGCGACGGCCCCACAGCCGGCAAGGUGAGCCCCGGUGCAGCUCCUGCGAUGAAGGCAAUGCCGUCAGCUCCCGCUGCCUCGACUGCCAGGAGCACCUGUGCGACAACUGCGUGCGCGCCCACCAGCGGGUCCGCCUCACCAAGGACCAUUUCAUCGAACGUUUCGGCCCGGGACUGCCCACUUCGUCUGGAUCCGGUCCGGCUUCGGCAGCCGCCCAACUCGCCCUCACCCAGCCCUACUCCGCUGCGCCUUACAACAUUCUCUCCUCCGUCUUCUCGGACAGGGUCAACUACUGCCAGCACCACGACGACGAGGUGCUGCAUUUCUACUGUGACACUUGCUCUGUCCCCAUCUGUCGGGAAUGCACCAUGGGGCGACACGUGGGCCACAGCUUUAUCUACCUCCAAGAUGCUCUGCAGGACUCCAGAACCCUUACCAUUCAGCUAUUAGCUGAUGCUCAACAGGGCCGCCAGGCCAUUCAGCUCAGUAUUGAGCAGGCCCAAGCUGUAGCAGAACAAGUUGAGAUGAAGGCAAAGAUGGUACAAUCUGAAGUGAAGGCAGUGACAUCAAGACACAAGAAGGCCCUAGAAGAAAGAGAGUGUGAGCUGCUAUGGAAGGUGGAAAAAAUUCGCCAAGUGAAAGCCAAGUCACUCUACCUGCAGGUUGAAAAGUUGCGUCAAAAUUUAAACAAGCUAGACAACACCAUCAGUGCAGUCCAGCAGGUCCUAGAGGAGGGUCGGAGCAUAGAUAUCCUUUUGGCUCGAGACCGAAUGCUCGCUCAGGUACAGGAGCUGAAGAAUGUCCGAGGCUUCCUGCAACCCCAAGAGGAUGACAGAGUCAUGUUCACUCCUCCUGAUCAGGCAUUGUAUGUUGCCAUCAAGUCCAUGGGGUUUGUCAGCAGUGGGGCCUUCGCUCCUCUGACCAAAGCCACUGGGGAAGGUCUCAAACGUGCACUGCAAGGCAAAGUGGCCUCUUUCACAGUGAUAGGCUAUGACCAUGAUGGGGAACCUCGCCUUUCUGGGGGAGACAUGAUCUCUGCUGUGGUAGUGGGGCCUGAUGGAAAUCUCUUUGGAGCAGAUAUUAGUGAUCAGCAGAAUGGAACCUACCUGGUCAGUUACAGGCCACAGAUGGAAGGGGAGCACCUGAUAUCAGUCAUGAUGUGCAACCAGCAUAUAGAAAACAGCCCGUUCAAAGUCACAGUCAAGUCAGGGCGCAGCUAUGUUGGCAUUGGACUUCCAGGGCUCUGUUUUGCUAGUGAGGGGGAUAGUGAUGGCAAGCUGUGCCGCCCCUGGGGUGUUAGUGUAGAUAAGGAAGGCUAUAUCAUUGUUGCUGAUCGCAGCAAUAAUCGCAUUCAGGUCUUUAAGCCUUGUGGGGCUUUCCACCACAAGUUUGGCACCUUGGGCUCCAGGCCUGGCCAGUUCGAUAGGCCUGCCGGGGUUGCCUCUGACUCCUCACGGAGGAUUGUUGUGGCAGACAAGGACAAUCAUCGCAUCCAGAUCUUCACAUUUGAUGGCCAGUUCAUUCUGAAGUUUGGGGAGAAAGGAACCAAGAAUGGGCAGUUCAAUUACCCAUGGGAUGUAGCCGUGAACUCCGAAGGCAAAAUCCUGGUGUCCGACACGAGGAACCAUCGGGUUCAGCUGUUUGGGCCUGACGGAGUGUUCCUGAAUAAGUACGGUUUUGAAGGGGCACUCUGGAAGCACUUUGAUUCCCCAAGAGGAGUGACAUUCAAUCACGAGGGCCAUCUAGUCGUGACGGAUUUCAACAAUCAUCGUCUACUGGUCAUACAUCCCGACUGCCAGUCGGCACGCUUCCUUGGAUCCGAAGGCACAAGUAAUGGCCAGUUUCUGCGCCCACAAGGUGUGGCGGUGGAUCAAGAAGGUCGUAUUAUUGUGGCAGAUUCCAGGAACCACCGUGUGCAGAUAUUUGAGCCGAAUGGUAGUUUUUUAUGCAAAUUUGGCACUCAGGGAAGUGGCUUUGGUCAGAUGGACCGUCCUUCAGGUAUAACAGUCACCCCAGAUGGCAUGAUUGUUGUGGUUGACUUUGGAAACAAUCGUAUCCUCAUCUUCUAAUCUGUGUUUAUCUGUACUAAGAAGAAACUGUCUCAGGGAAAAUCCUUUUAAGAAAACACACACACAAAUUACGACGUUAGUUUAAACCUACCUCAUCUUUAAUUUUUUUUUAUAGAUGAAUGUACUUUCCCUUUUUUAUCUGCAGGGAGUGUUCCUGUGAUGUUAUAACCUCUUAUCUACCUCAUUAUCUUUGUAUUCCUUUUACCUCCACAGUAUACACAGUGCAGCAUACAAUUAAACCUCUUUUUUUCCCUGGAUGGGACAUUCAUGGUUCUGUGCACACUAGUUGGUUUGUGUGGUAAAUCCUGUAGACUCUGCCAAAAAAGGCACACACUCUCAUCUUUAAAAAGAAGAAAAAAUCAGUAGUUUUUAGAUAUUUUUUUAAAUUUUGUCCUGAUCAUACUGUGGGGGUGGGUGGGUUUGGAAGCGGUGAAGGGGUUAUGUUUUUAGAUGCUGCUGCAGCAGAGAACUCUUUCCAUGUUCUCCUUUUUUUAAUACCUCGGUGCAUUUGACAUACUGUUCAACAUAACAACCUUUGUAUCCAGAAGACUUUUGGGUGUGUUUGUUGUUUUGCAGGUAGGAUGGGAUUCACAAGGGGGGAGGGAAGCUAGGUUCUUUUUCUUCUCUGUUUGCCUGCAUGUAUAUGUUGAAAAAUACAGUAACACAAAGGCAAAGAAGACUGUUUAAGAAAAUGCAUAAAAUGUUAUAUGUUUAAUUUCUUCUUUGGUGGCUUUGACCUCUAGUCCAAAGGGUCACAUGGUAAAUGUCCCCCAUGUCUGAGGGUCCUUGAGAGCCUGGAUAAGCUGUUCUCCAAACUUGGGAACUUUUAGAGGUUUUACCUCUGAUGCAGCAUGAGGAGCUGCUGUGGGGGGGGUUGAGAGGAGGGGUGGGGAAGCCUAGAGAGAACGUGAUGCACAAAUGGAAGCCCUUGCUUUUGUCAAAAGGAGAUUUCUGCAUUGUAGCUUUAGGGUAACUGGUUGUCAAAAGAUGAGUGAGGGCUUCCUUUUGAGCUUGUAUUUUUCUCAUAGCCUUUCUCUCGGCUCUUUUUAAAAAGAUCUUUUUGUCUUCAUUUCUCUCUCACUUGCUCUCUCUGUAGCUACAUAUGUAGCCAAUAUGGACAUCUUUAGCUGUUACAAAAUAUUUAGUGAAAGCAAUGAGUCAAACGCUUGGCCUGAAUGCUCCAUUUCUUCUGAAGAGGCAAACUGCUCUGAAAACAUAUGUUGAAGAAUGAACUUAAAAAAAAAAAAGCAUAACUCUGCUGAGUAUAUAAUUAUUCAGCUUUAAAUAACAGAAAUUUGGAAAUUCAGGGUGUUUCAUUAGCCUCCUAUGAAGGAAAAUGGACUGUAGUAAUUAAUCUGAGCUGACUAUUCUGUUUUUACCUCUUUCCCCGCCUUCCUCCUUUUGAAUGGGACAUGAACAUGGGAAAUCUAUCUUGCUAGGACACCCAUGUAGUUCCCUCUAUUGGGGACAAGAUUGUGCACAGAAAGAACUACCCUAAAGCCUACCUCAUUUGCUCCAGCGCCAAAGAAUGCCAUGUAAGAAUGGAGGUGCAUUAUCUUAAACCAAAACUAUGUGAGUUCCUUGAAUUUAAUCAGCCACAAAAUGUAGCACUGACAGGUGAGAUUCUUAAGACUUCUCCAAGAAGCUCUCAAUUUCAUGUUUUGUAUCAAACCUUAGGAAUGCGAUUCCUCCUUGAUGUGCUGUUAACCUCUCCAGUAGACAUCCUAACUAUGUUUCUCUACAGCUGUUUGGGAAUAAGUCUCAUUGAUCACCAUGGGACUUACCCCUGAGCAAGUGUGUGGUGGAUUGUAGCUAUUCCCCAUGCCCAGGUUAUCUCAGGAGACAUAUUUGUACUGUACUGUUCUUGUGUCUUCACUGGAGUCCUAGCUGGAAAUUCCAAAUGCUGAUAAAAGUGGCCUAGCUGUUUCCAGUGUGGUGAUGAGACUUUAUAGUUUGUAGUAUCUUCUGUUAUCACCAUUACUAAGAAAGAAAGAAAAAUGCCAUGAUGGUAUCGCAUAAAGCCUGGAAUAUUCUCCAGUUAAUGUACAGAAAUGCUCUACCAUAUACCCAUUAUUGAUGAAAAAUAUUCUAGGGAUCCCUGUACUAACAAAGAUAUUGUGAGUUGCACUUUGCAUAUUUUCUUGGAAACUGACUUUUAGAUGUAAGGAAGCGUAGUUCUGCCUUUUUAUUGGACUGCUGCCCACAGAAUGCAGAGAACGUGCAUCCCUUCCCACAGCAAAUGUUGAGGAAGGUGUAGAAUUGGUGAGAUUCUGAACUCUCACAUUUAUAAUGGGUAUAAUCGGGUUAGCUAGAACUGUUGUAUUUCCUUGUAGGCAAUACCAGCAUUUCUGAAUAGUACAUUAAGUGUAUUGGAAUACUAGGGUUCAUGUACCAUAAGCUAUUUGUAUAAAGCUUGGAAGUGGGCAAAAUUUCUGCACAGCCAUUGAGAGCCAGUGCAUUUGUGACAGUGAAGUUCAUUUCAGUUCUCAUCAGGUCAGAAGUGAUGAUGUUUGAGUAUGUUCACACACUAUGUUAUUGUGAUCAAUUACAAAGUAGCUUUGUGGUUCAGUGGGGAAACCAGUGUGCAUGGGACCAAGCAUUCUGUCAGUGACAUUGUAGCCACGCCUGUACACUUUGUGAUGCCUCCUUGAGGAUCAGUUGCAUCAUGCUUGCAAGGCUUUUUGCCCCAUCACCAUGUUAGUUGGUGUGCCUUUAGUAGCCGUGUAAGUGCCCAUCACAUUAUAUCAGAAAUUGUCAUCUGAAUUGAAGAAAAUACUUGGGUACCAUGCAGUGUCACUGGAGACGAGGGUGUGUUGCUAUCUUGAUUUCAUGCUUAACAUGAGACCAUCAUAUAAUGUUUGAAGGCAUUUUAGGUUAGACCAUUUUACUUGUGACUCAUGUUGAGAAAUAAGGUUAGCCUAGCUGAACUAGCUACCAAAGAUAACUGGUUAAAAAGCUUUAAUUUUAGAGUUGGCAGAAUCCCCUUUGUGUGUGUGUGUAAGGCAAGUGAUUUGUCUAUCUUCUAUUGAUGUUACCCUAUUUACUUUUGGAUGGGCUUUUCUUAAAAUAAGCUAUUUCUAGCAUGCUUUUGUUGAAUAAAAGUUCUGUUUAUGCUGUGCCAUCCCUUCUUGCUGUGGAAAACUGCUGGGUAGUGAAAUACUGUUUUGAGCUUCAUUACUUUUGUAUGUAUUGCUGCACAAGCUUGGAGAAGCCAGAAAUCUCUUUACUUGUAGCAAAGGAGUAGUGUUUGUUUUUCUUCCAUAUAUAUGCUACUUCUGCUGGUGGAUCUAGAUAUAUACCAUUUGGCACAAAGCAAAAAAAGGGGGGGGAGGGGCAUCUGAGAAAUGUGUUGAGCUUGCAUGUCAAAAAUAUUUUAUUUUAAAAUACUGCUGUUUGGCUACCCAGACUGAUUUCUGUCAGUUACUCCAGUAGGUAGUGCAGAGCACGUUAUCCCACUUAAAAGUAUUAGUGUACUUCUGACGUAGGAGAGUUGAUAAUUCUAUGAAGCUAAGUAGUGUAAUAAUGCAGGAAACAUUUAAUGCCAACAUAAAAUGCCCCUUAGGGGUUUGGUUUGGUUUUUAUUGGAUAUGUGACAGGAUUUAAAGUCCAUCUGUUUGCAUGUUCAUGGGCUUAUAGAGCAAUCCAGGUAUAUAGCAAUUAAGUACGAAGCAGAACUACCAAAAAGCAUGUAAACAUAGAGCUGCAAACAUGUACUUGUAUAGUCUUCUAAGCUAGUAAAUCUGACUUAGGAAAAAUGUGUUUUUAACACUUUCUAAACCUUCUGCACUAAACAGUUGAAUUUGAGCUAUUAUAAAAUGUAACUUUUUUUGCUCUGCCCUCAAAUAGAUUCUCCAUCAACGUAUCACCAUCCUCCUAAUUCAGGUUUAUGAACCAAAUCUUCUGCUACUCUAAUACUUCUGUUUUGCUGAAAGCCCUAUAGGAAGUCAUGGUGCUAAGCAGCAGUUCAGAUGGUAAACUUGGUAUCCUUAAGGCUUAAGUAUAACUUAUUUGGGGAAACCUUCAAAGGCAUGCCAUAAAAGGAGGGUGCACUGGGGACCUGAAAUAUCCUAUAAACAAUACUCUGCCUAAACCUAAUGAGAUCUGGGAUUAAGGGCAGCACUUAUGGCAUUGCAAGAGAUUGGAACAGUCUGUUUUAGUUAGUUAAGCCAAUAGUAAUUUAUUAAAAAGAGGUCUCUGGUUGAUUUUAGCCAUAUCUCAGAUUUCUUUUGAAGAUCAGGAGAUUCCUAUGUUUAGUUCUGAUUUAAAUUAAGAAGUGCCAAAGCAUUUUGUAUGGAAUUGUGUUGUGUUUUUUUUCUUUACAUAAGUAUAUCCAAAGGUGCCAAAAGGUAAUAGGGUAUUAAAAAAUUAAGAAGAUGUUUAGACAUACACAGUUUGGACUGUGUGAAAAGUAAUCACUGGUACUUGCAUUAGACAAACACUGUUUCUAGUCCUUCAGUCCUCAGGAAACCAGCAGAGCCCAGUUUGCUGUGGUACAAGAUGCUUAAGUAAGUAUAAUUUAAAUUUCUACCUCAUUUUGAAGAAAGAAGCACAGCAUCUACCUCAAAUUUAGCAUUAAAAAUCAUAGAAAAAAGUUUGGUUUUUUUCAACAUGAGAUAAAGGGAUUUACCCUAGGUAGCAUAGGAGCCAAGGUGGUUAUUUCCCCCCCAUAUAUAUAUAUAUAUAUACACACAUACAUGUAAAAGUGACACACUUGCAUGUUGCUGCCUUUCCCUAGAAAAGUUAGGCUGGCCAUACUAAACGUGUAAGAGACACUUUGGAAAUCUCAGGCAAAUCUAUAGAUAAUUCUUCUCUAGGAAUUACACACAUCCCUGUCUCUUUCAGGAUCAUGACACAAUUAGCUGGCGUGGUGAACUGGGUCAUUAUUGCAUAGUUUUUAGGAUUACAGGUCUCUCUACAAGAGAAAAAUAGUCAAUCUGUUUGCUCAUAUCCACUGGUUUGUUUGUUUCAAAAUCUUGCAGAUACUAUUUGGCAUGAAAACUCUCCUUAGCAGUUGAGAUUACAUGAAAGGAUAUCAUCAUCUCCUACAUUUGAAAACAAACUAUUGUAUGUGAUAGAAGGGAAUGAGAUUAUGAGUUAUUCUGUUAAUUUUCGGAAGUUUUCACACAGCAGGAUGUUUUGGCAGUGUUAAGAUAUUCAUACCAAAGGCAGCUUAGACUGGGCUGUAGCUUCCAUUGUUUCCCACGUGCAACAAAGCUAGAAUAGAAGCACACUAUGGAUUACAGGGAUAAUAUCUCCUGAAUCUUCAUCCCUUGCCUCUUCCUCUGUCUUGCUUAUAAGUGAGAUUGGAGAAAUGGGUACAGAAAACCACUAGUGAUUAUGCUGUGUUGAGCUUGGUAAAUGUUACAGUGGAAGAUGUACCUUUUUGUGUCUAUUUAAGUGAUCUUACGGGUUAAAAAGCCAAAAUUGGAUGGCAUUGGUUUUUCCCCAUCAUUGUUUAACCAGUAAUGGUUCUUUAGGAAGAUUUUUUUUUAAAGCUUUGUGUACCUGCAUGGUCUUAGACCUCUUCAAUGAUUGUAUCAACUUACAAACUCAGGUUGCCUUUUUAUUUUGUUUGAAGCUUCUUUGUCAGAGCUUUGGUGACUGAAUGUUAAUUGUAUGUAGUAGAGUAGGUGUUCUUUAAGCCACCAAACCAGAAAAGUUCUUUUGUAGUGUUAUAGAAUAUUUUAGUCUAUGUAGCUUCUUUCCCAGGGAGAGUUCUUGUUUUUAGUCCCUCCCCGUUAUGACAAUUUUUAAAAUAGUUAAUGUGAUGCGCGCUCAGUCAUCCAGUCUGGUUGGGUCAUUUUUCUUAUUGUAUGUGAUUUGCUUGUAUUGUGCCUCACCUGUUGUGCAUCUAUUUAGAUGAUGGUACACUUUUUUAAAAAAAAUAAUAGUAAGGCAAUAUGUCUCAGUAGUUUUUUUAAAGCAUUUCCAGUUUUUUCUUUGUCUAAACUCAAAGUGGGUGGUCUAAGACCAAAGAAAAUGUGACAAAUAAAUCAGCAUGGAGAACUCUGCAGAUUAAAUUCCUCCAUUGGUUAUAGUACAACUUGAUCUUUAUAAAUUCCAAGAUAUUCAAGCCAGACAUUUACUUUUAGGACGCAGUCCUAUGGUUCUUUGAGGGGCAUCCCAGGGUCCAUAGGAUAGAAGACAUUUCACUCUUGGCUCACGGAUCCACCCUUUGUAAGCCUUGCAUUAUGGUGGGCAUAGAAACCACUGCUGCUGCCCUUUCCACUCUGGUAAUGGCAAAGGCAGGGGGUAUGCUGUCUGAGGCUUUGGAUGUACUGAAUCCAAAGCCCUCCCUUUCCCGAUGCCCCCCCCCCCAGAAUGGGAGGGGAGUAGUACACCAGUCCUGGAGCUGGCAUACUUGUUUUCCCUCCAGCCACCCACUUUCUUUUGCUCUGGCCAGUGGAGCCUGUAAUUUGACAGUUCCACUGCCACAGAUUUCCCCCUCCCAUUUCAUUUGGAUGGUUCUCUUAAAUUCAGAUUGUGGGUGUGCUUGUGCAUGUGCACACCCGAGAAGAGUUCAGUAUUCUUUCUGUUCUUGGAAAAUGUGGUUCUCUUGAGCCAGUUGUUUAUUAAUGCUCUGCUGUCCAUGUAUGUGUUGUUCACUUUCAGGUAGAAGCAUAGCUCGAGUCUCACACAACAAGCCUUGGUCUUAUGAGAUAUCAUUGCUCGAUUUGGGCCAAGACAGUUAUUUUCUCUCUUCAGUUGAAGCCCUAGCCCUUUUUAAAAUUUAGUCAGCUCGUGCUUUGAACUCCAAAGUUGCAGAGUGAAGCAGAACAAGUGAGGCACAAGCUUUGUUUAAACAGGCUUUAAAAAAUGUUAGAACUUGUGUGUUUUUAAUGGAGGCUUCUGAAUGUAUCUUUGUGGUCCAUGGAGAAGGCUGAAGGAUGUAGCAAGGAGACGAUGUAUCAGCUACUGGCAGCCUUAAAACAAAGUCAUUCUCUCUCUGGACUUUAAAAUGUUUCUAUGCAGUUUAUUUUAUUUUUGUUUAAUCAAAUAAAUGUGAGUUUCACUUCAA